GCUGUCUUGCCGCCUUUCCAACUAUCCUACUAGACAACAUAUCUACUGUAUAUGAGACUCCGCACUUGGAUCUUCGUCGGAAUAUCUACAUCUUCCUCCCUGAUCACUCGACAUGGUAUCUCUAGUACAAUCCAAGUCAUCCACAUUACUUCGCCACUCGAGCUUAUCAACUCCAUCCUCACUCGUCAUAGACGCCGCCUGAUUGGCGAUGGAAGUUUCCUUCAAGUUGACCGUCUGUCUAUCCAAGACCCUGGAGGGCGCUUAAGAUCCUCCCUCGCUCUACACACGAGGCCCCCCGAGUCAUUGCCUUAAAUACCCACAUUCCUGCACACACUAAGCCCCAUCUUGUCUUCCGCCUUUCCAACUAUCCUACUAGACAACACAUAUACUGUACAUGCCUAGACGACGCACUUGGAUCUUCAUCGGCAUUGGCGCAAUCACUGUUGCGGCCUUGACGCCUGUCAUCGUGCCCCCCAUCUUGGGCUGGUUCGGCUUUGGUGCAGCAGGACCUGUUGCUGGCGGUAUGGCAGCGGGAAUCCAAAGCGGUAUCGGGAACGUCGCUGCUGGGAGCCUCUUCGCACACCUCCAGUCUAUGGCGAUGGGAGGUAUCAUCUCGGCUGUUCCGUAUGUAGCUUCGGGGAUCUUUGGAGGGUUUGUAGGGUGGGCUGUGGAUCGGAUUUUGAGGUGGUUUGGUUGGUGAGAGCCACGGUCGUGCGGUCCUGUCUUCUUGUCACAUUUUCACCUUUUUUACAACGAUGUUUUAUCUUCUUACCUAGGGACAUUCGUGUCUCUUUUCUGGGUCUU